UCAAAUACAGAUUAGCCUACAUAAUUAUCAUUUAAUCAAAAUGUCGAAUAAUUACAUAUAUACCCACAUACGUCAUGGCAAUAAAUAGAAAUUAUGCUUCUAUUAGUUAAUCUCUGAUAACAAAAGUCAUUCAAAUGUUUUAUCUUUUUUAAUAUAAGGCGCCUACUUUUAGACCAUUUAUUCAGUUCAUUCUCGUACGAGUAGUAAUAAGUAAUAAGUAACAGUUGACUAAGUUCAAGAUUCAAAAUGUGUUUCGUGUUAGUGUUCCUUGUGUUAAUGUUAUUCAACUAUGGAUGUGCCUCGAUGGUACCCGUAAAACCGAUUAUUUUUGUUAACGACUACUUCGAAAUGACCGCGAACGACACCAACUGGUUAUCAGGAAACAUCGACACAAUCUUCAAAAAGCUGGCCAAUGAUGGGAUGAGUUUUUGUAUGGUUAAGAAAAUCUACUCUUCCUAUGUGUCAUACGAUUACGAGAGAAACAAGUUAAAAAUCACAGUUAAGCCAACAUUGGAAACUCUGCUCGAGCAAUUACAAGCAUUUCCUUCAUAUUCGGUGAUUUUCGUCGUAACAAAUGCUACCAAACCAAGCAACGAUACUCCAAUCGACAACAUCUUGGAAGAGAUACAAAAUAAACAAACACAAGUCAACUUUCUUAUCGGAACGGAGACGCCAUUUUCAGACAACGAUUCGCUCCAAGAUUAUAAAUUAAUUGCUUCUGUAAGCAACGGAUUUGUAAUGGGCCCAGAAAUAUUUCAAUUCGAUAAGUUUGCAGAUGAGAUUUAUCUGAGGUUAACUCGUCAACCUCAAGUAGUGCGUCUUUUUUCAAUACUAGAAAGUUACAGUGAUAUGAAAUUUUGCGCGGAAACAGAAUCAUUUUUCACCACUGCUUUAGCAGACUUGAAAUACACCGAUUGCGGUGCAGAGGAGUACGAAAAAAAUCCAGGAAAACCUCGUCGAAGUACAAUAACGAAUGUGAUUGAAAAAGACGACGGAGCUGAGACGAUAAAUGAAGAAACUCUUGUCAAGAAGUGCUCUCUUGAAAACCCAGUAGAUCCAACAUGGGUUAAUUACAUAGGAUUUACUGAAAACGAUUACGACUUUGAUUAUGGGUUUACCAUUGUGGAAGACGUUGUUUCCUUGGACGAUACAUAUCGAAGACCAAUGAACGGAAUGACAAACAAAAUCUACGUUUCACUGACUGACAAAAAUUUUGAACAUGGAGUUGAUCAUUUCAAGAUACUCUUACUGAAUGAAACUCAAUUUGGAGAAAACAUCGCCGUGGAACAAAUACAGGGAACCGAUUUGUUCGUAGGAUCAUUUGACCCACCAAAGAAUGAAUAUUUCUACAUCGAAGUAACGAGUUAUGUAAACCAACAAACAACCGUUUCUCGAAUUUCAUCGACUGCUCUGAGUGCUGCGGAAGGGUUCGGAAAUGAUCAUGAUAAUCGAAUAUUUGAACAUCGACCAAUGUUUAAAAGGCAAACAAAAUCAUACGACAACAUCGACAUAUAUUUGUUUAUAAUUGGGGUUCUAUUAGCUACAUUGGUAAUAAUAAAAGGUUUUAAGUGUUCCAAACAAGAUAAAAAUAAAAAACCACAAAAAGUUGAUAAGGAUUAUCGAGCGGUAUCAAAUGCUUGAUACGUUGAAUUUUUAAAAUUUUAACAAUGUACAUAACUUACUCAAUUGUUGGGUAUUCGAAAUUUGCCAUUUUGCAGCACACGUUUGGUAGCUCUUUCCUAAACCUCAUUUCCCAUCAUUAAAUUUUGUACAAGUUGAACGAAUUUUUUCAAAGCUUCAAUUGUAGCAAGAGUGCUCUGAAAAAUGAGGUAAAUCUUUGGUUACCUACACAAAAAUUUAGAAUUUUAAAAUUCUGUUUGAAAAAUUGAUUUUUUUUUGGAGUUGAAUUGUCCCAAGAUUGCUAUGAAAAGUAAGUUGAAAUUUAGAGAAUUUUUGGUUGCAUAACUUUUUUUUUUUUAAAUUUCGACGAAAACAUUGCAUAAAAAUAAAUUUGUUGUAAGAAUGUUCUGUACUAAAAUUUUUUGACUCAUUUUCACUUUCAUCUCUUUCUUUAAAUACCUAGAUAAUAUUUUUUGAAGAAAAUGUUCAACCUAUUGUAAAUGUUUUAUUCCUAUAUACAUAUAACAUUAUAAGUACCAACGUAAUUGUUUUUAUACUGAAUAAAUGUAUUUUUUGUAA